UUCUAAUGUAGUUUAUUUUGCUCCACCUUUUUCUCGGCCAUUCUUUUUGCAGUUUUUUUUUUUUUUUCUGGCGUAAUGUAUUUGUAAGUUUAGCAGAUGUGGCCCGAAUCAAUGAGCUACAAGAAUUCUUCUGAGUUUGAUUUUUAUUUUAUAAGAUUUUUAAUGUUGAUUCUGGAUUGAAAUACAUGGUGAAUGUAAAUUUAAGACAAUGUAAGGGCAAAAAGCAGUUUUCUUUCUUUUUUUAUCUUUUUCUUCUGCUGGGUUUUGGUUUGUUUAAUCGAUAAUGGGUACACUGCAAUCUUAGUUGGCUCAACCAUCUUAGUAGGAUUUGAGUUUGGCAUGGUGCCGACGUGGUUUAUCUGUGCUUAGCACCCAACAAUGCCAUUUUACUCUUUUACUUCCUUCAGUUACCAUUGGCCUACCUGUUUAUAGUCGACUCUUGAUCUUGAACAUGGAAGUUUGUUCACAGUGACAGAUGAAAUCAUGAUGUGAGGACAUCAGAUAAAACUCACAAGCGUUCUAGAUUAAAGAAUUUUUUUUCAAUAAAAAGCUGAUAAUAUUUGUGUAUUAGGUUUAUCUGCCUUUUUGAAGCCUGUUUUGAUUUUAUUUUUAAAGCAAUUAUGAUGAUAGAGUACCUUUGAAAGUGGCGAGUACGAAGUAAUAGGAUGGCCCGAAUCAAGAAAUUGUUAUCUAAAUCUAAAAGAAAUCUGUCGCCAGCCAAUCAAUUUCAACCCAAUCGCCACGUGUUAUGUCACAUGACAUACAAAUAAGACCAAUAAGAUCAGUUUUCGGACAAGAAAGCCUAUCUUCCUGUUUUUCGACCAUGUCUGCGGCAGCUGCAAGUGCAUUACAAUCUUCUAUGUGCGUCUCUUCUCAGAAGCCAUCAUUUGCCCCUAUAGAUUCCCAAGAAGCAAACACCCUCUUAGCAGCAAAACCUAAAAGCCUCCUUCAUAAACACCCUCUCUAUUCAUCAGCUCAUCAUAAUCUGUCCUUCCAAAUCAAAGAGAAAAUCUUAUGCCUUGAAAUCAUGGGCAUCGACUCAGGUAAAGCACUCUCUCUUAACCCUUCUCUGCACAGCACUUCCCUUGAUUCCCUCCGUUCCAUAAUUUCCUUCCUCCAAUCUAAAGGCAUUCACCAAAAGGACUUCGCAAGAAUCUUUGGCAUGUGCCCCAAAAUCUUAACCUCUAACAUCAGAACUGACCUUAACCCAGUUUUCAGUUUCCUCUCCCAAGACCUUAAGGUCCCAGAAAACAACUAUAGGAAGGUCAUCAAUAAGUGUCCAAGGUUGCUUACGUCAAGUGUCAGAGACCAGCUGAAACCUGCUUUGUUCUAUCUUCAAAGGCUUGGAUUUAAAGAUUUAGAAGCUUUGGCUUAUCAAGAUCCUGUAUUGUUGGUUUCUAGUGUGGAACUCACCUUGAUAUCUAAACUGAAGUUCUUGGAAAGUAUAGGGUUUUCAACUAAUGAGGCAAAAAGUAUGGUAUUGAGGUGUCCGGGGUUGUUCACUUUCAGCAUAGAAAACAACUACAAGCCAAAAUUUGAGUACCUUAAUGACGAGAUGAAUGGGACGUUGGAGGAGUUGAAGGAGUUUCCUCAGUUCUUUGCUUUUAGUUUGGAGAAGAGGAUAAAACCAAGGCACAUUGAAGUCAUGCGAAGUGGCGUUAAAUUGCCUUUGGCUGACAUGCUAAAGAGCACUGAUGAAGAGUUUAAAGAGUUGCUGAGACAAGGAGGCAAUAGCUGAUGAUAUGUGAUUUUCUUCUUUCUUAAACCUUGUUUCAUAUGUAAAUUUGCCAAUUUCAUCCAGUGCAUUGUAAAUGAAAGACCCAAAGCACUAAGAUAUUGCAAUGGAAUGAUUUACUAUGCUUUCUUUUUUCUUUCCUUUUCUGUUUUUUCCUCAAUCCACAUGUGGAAAUUUUUCUUAUGAUAAUGCAGUUGAACAGCAUCUGGGUUGUGAUAUCUAAUGGGCAAAAAUUUAAGAGCUCAAGUCUUAACGAUUGAGUGGAAUCGGAAUAAGAAAUUAAU